AUGACGAAGCUGCUCGUCGGGUCUGCCGUCAACCUCACAAACCAGGUCAUGCCUGGUGUGCUACCCUCGUUCCUGGAUGAAGGCGCCGGGCAGGGCAUCAGGAUGCUCGGGCCCGGGUGCGCAGCGGCGGAUCGCAUGUGUGAUCGGUUCAAUAACCUCAUGACGCUUAUCGACCGGGAUAGAUACGCCGGCAACGAGAAGGACCUGUUUACCUAUCAGCCGGGCUCCAGCCCAGCAUCGUCAUCCACUGGCGCUGGCAAGCCAAAGAGAGACCAGCAGGGCAGGAGGGAGCAUGACCAUCCCAAGGGCCAGACCACCGCGGUGGCGGCAAAGGUGGUCUCUGGAAGCUACUUCGCCAAGGUCGAGCUGUACGCCAAUGCACGGCUGCCCAUGGAUCUCCCACCCCUCAAGCUGUACAUCCCGACAUGGCCACUGGUCUGCCUGGCCGCGCGGUACUCGGAGCGUGUCUACGAAAAGCCCCGCGGCAAGGAGAAGGACGUCCAUGUCGAGUCGGAUUCCCGCACCGGCACCAAGGCCAUGUGUAUCAAGUCGGUGCCCAUGGACGAUAUGAACACCAUCGUCUUUGCCAUUCGGGGCACCGCAACGUUUGGGGACUGGACAGUGAACCUGAAGACGGAGCCUGUGUCGCCGGAAGGGUUUCUGGACGACUGCGGCAACUAUUGCCACGCAGGCUUUCUUUCCGUCGCCCGGCGCAUGGUCGCCCCUGUUGCCGCUCGCCUCCGCCAGCUCCUCCAGGAGAACCCGACCCGGCGCUCCAGCAGCCUCCUCAUCACGGGCCACUCGGCGGGCGGCGCCGUCGCGGCCCUGCUGUACGCGCACAUGCAUUCGACCUCCCUGGCCGCCCGGUCCGAGCUGAGUGUGCUCACGUCGGGCUUCAAGCGCGUGCACUGCGUCACUUUUGGCACGCCGCCCGUCUCGCUGCUUCCCCUGCAGAGGCCGACAGCACCCGAGUUUCGCAAGAGCCUGUUCCUGAGCUUCGUCAACGAGGGUGACCCCGUCGCCCGCGCCGACAAGGCCUAUGUACGGAGCCUGCUGGAGCUCUUCGCCACACCCGUACCGGCUUUAGCUGCCAGGACGGUGGCUGCUGUGGCUGCCGAGAACAGGUCGCGGUCCGCGCCAGCUUUGCUGCUCCCUAAUGGGCCCGAGCCUGACCCUAAAAAGGCCAAGUCUAGAAACUCUGUGGUGUCUACCAAGUCUGGGAGCAGCAGCAGCAACGGGAAAGGAUCACAUGUGCAGGCACACAAAGGGCCGGUAUGGAAAGUUCCGCCCUGUACGCUCAGCAGCGCGGGGCGGAUCGUGGUCCUCCGGUCCGGAGAUCCAAAGGCGAGGCUGAAGGGGAAAAAGACAGUCGAGGAGAGGCUGAACGAGGGGGUCGUGGCCCAGAUGACUACGGAUGAGCAGCUGCGGACGCAGAUCUGGGGCGACCCGGUGUGUCAUCUCAUGAAGCUAUAUGCAGGGAGGCUGGAGAUUCUGGCCGUCAAUGCUGUGACGGCCAAUGGCUACUGA